AUGGACAAACACGAGCUACCCACCCCCUUAACGUACCUUCACACUGUUCUCAUCGCAGCGGAGGACACACAUGAAGCUCGCAGUAAUGUCGUUGCUACAUACGACACCAUGUUGCUAUAUGCACUUAGCUACCCGAGGAAACGAGAGCUGGCUCUGAACUCAUGGACAACGAAUCUAGGAGCGCUUGCUUCCACGCCCUCUGGAGAUUUUGGGCAAGCGUGGCACGAGCUGAUGGAGCGUCGUGAGGAGCUGAUCGACUACAUGGACAAAUCGCAGAUGGAAAGAGGGCAGAACGAAGUCUUCAUGGGUGUACGCGUCGACGACCACACUCAGCUUUGGUUGAGGAUGCUGCAAUCGGGUUACAACAGGCAAUUUGCCGAUUUCGUGACCCAGUUGAUGGACGAACAACCCCGUUUUGUCGACCGACCGAGCGACAUUGACACUUUCAUACAACAGCGAUCGCAUGUAGAGGACUUCCCACAUUUGAACGACUUAUUGUUGAUCCCUGCACCAGCCACUGGACACGGCAAGACGGCAGAGAUUGUCUUUAAUCUCUUAGUCCACCACAUCGCAUACAUAUGCGACCUAUUCCAGAAAACAAGUUAUGCACCCAGUCCAGAGUUGGUGGAGGCCAUUGCAGGGUAUCGCAUCGACCAGCUGUCGCGAAUGUUUGCUGAUCCAGGCAAUCACACGCCGUUAGAUGCGCGUGUACAUUCCGCCGGCAUAAACCACCGUACCAUCCAUGACUUCGUUGUUUUGCGAGCGAAGGAGAUUCUCCAAAGUACAGAAAAAGAGCUUCUCAACUGGCACAUGUACAAGUGGCUUCUGGGGUGCGUGGAAAGCGUGAUUCAGGAUGUACCUCGCACUAGGAUUCUUUUCGAUGAUAUUGGUCUUGGCGAGGUCGUAGGCGCGGACAUCGUCGAACAGAGCAACUUCGUCCCCUAUCUGACCGUGAGUCUGACUAUCCCUGAAGGUAUGAUUCAGGAAUGGCAAGAAUACGAGCCUGCUUCAUUCGAAGACGUAGAGUGGGAAGCGACCGGUCCUCUUAUUCUAGCCAGCAACGUGGCUACGCCUGUCCAGCUUGGGACUGAAGCCAUCUGUCCAGUCGAUUUGGAGCCCUUUGACGUCCGCAACGCCGAUACGAUGGCUUGGGGGGUCGGAUGCGGCCAUGCGUUUCAUGCGCAGUGCUUAGAAGAUCUGAUCAACGGUAUCGAGAAUAACAGCAAUUGCUGUCCGCUGUGUCGAGCGGAGAUCUGUGAUGCGAGAGAGCGGCGUCGUAUUGAGUAG